AUGACCUGUGAUUUUAUGAGCAGCACGAACGCACUAAAUGUUCUACACAACACAGUCAAAAACUACGAGAAAGAUGUGCUACAGUUCUACAUGGCCAACGAGAGGGCUACAUCGAAAUUCACCGGCCGAUUCGAUUUCAAACAGUUUGCGAAGAAGAUGUUCGAUCCAAUCGAAACGGAAGUUCUCGGUCCUCUAUACGUUGGAAUGUUGGGAGAAUGUCACACUUGGAUGCACUCCCAUCAGAAAAGUCGCAUCGGAGCCAACGGUUUCCCUCAUUCUUUUGUCUCGGUCCCCGAGUUGUUACUGAAUAUGAUUCUCGCUUAUCAAUUACCACAACAGAGAUUUGUGCCAAAUGAUAUUAAGGAUACGAAGAAAGACGAGCCAGGACCUUCUGAUAGAAGUCGACAAGAGGGUAAUAAGUCGGAUGGAGAAGAAGGAGGAUCGCGAAAAAAGCGGAGAAACAGUCAAGCUGCAAAGCGCGGAAAGAAUGUCACUAUAAACCCGAGAGUAACACUUUCAGAUGAGCUUUCAGUCAAAUUGUUGGAAGAGAUGUUAAAAAUCCCACUGGCUGCAGAGUCGAAACUGUGGAAAACUGCAAAGUAUGUGUUAUGCCCAUCGAAUAGCCCUCAUCAAAUGGAAGUUUUCGGAGAAAUCAUAGCCAAAAACACUGAAGAUGGGCUUAUAAGCUUCAACGCGCUCAACUACUUUAUGCACGAUCAAGUGCUCACUCAACACUUCAAAAAUCCCGCCACAAUUCUUCACGCUCUCUAUCUUGGACCUCUAAACGCUCAAACUGUCGAAGUGUUCGCUGCGAAUCGAUCCGCCGAGUUCCGUAGAAGCUGUCGAGAAGUGUUGCGAGUAGCCGUUCGAGCUUCAAAGGAUCCAAUGACAUUCCAGCACAGUGCGCCCAUUAAUAUCGAUAAACAGCAUCCAGAUCGUGUUAAAUAUCGAGAUUUCAUUGAAACUGUCAAACAGUUGGUGAAGGAUUUGAAUGGAGAAUAUCAAGGAAGCUCUGGAAUUCAUGUCGGAUGGGCGUGUGCUGCUAUAAAGAAAUUCGGUCAAAAACGAUACGUUGACAAAACGUGGAGGGACGAGAACUACUACGAUCUGCUUUGGACGGUGCUCGCACAACGGCCACACCUCAAAAAGUUCGUAGUCGACGUUCUGGAAAAAAAUUAUGGAGAUUAUGAAGCAGCGAAAUUCUGGCGUCGAAUGCAGCCUUACCAGAUGCAUCCAACAGUGAUAUUCAACCAGAACGUCAUCACAGAUGACCCUCUGCAACCCACUGAAGAAUUCCUGAACUUUUCUCCUCAAGUCCAACAAAUCCUCAUGGUAUCCACGGAAAAAGAAAUCCGAGAUCUUCACAAACUAUUGGAAUACAAAGUAUCACGAGAAGAAGUCGUUUACGUCGGUGUUGAUGCGGAAUGGAGUGCCUAUGUGAGCCCGAGCAAAGCGACGAUCCUUCAGAUGGCAUUCUACGAUCUUGUCUAUAUCCUAGAUCUGGAAUCUCAUCAGAUUUCACCAGAAUCGUAUCAUUUGUUUCUUUCCUAUCUGUUCGAUACAAAGGAAGUGGUAAAAAUUGGAUUUCAAUUCGGAGAGGAUCUUCAUCAACUUCGCGCCGGUUUCAGAAACUGUGCCACUCUGUAUAGACCGAAUAACGUGCUGUGUGUUGGGAAAUUGAUUAUGGAUCUAGUUGAGGAAGUUUCGAAAUUGAAUCACGCUGAAGAAUUUAAACGAGAUCAUCUCCCAUUUUUGAUUGAUGAUCCGACGGUGAUGGCAAUUGGAAAGGAGGAUGAUACGAAGUCGGUUCCGAACGAAUCGAUAUCGAAUGAUUCUGUAGGAGAUCUUGGAGAACCGAAACCAGUGAAAGAGGAGUCUGUGAAACAGCAAUUAAUGAAUAAAGGACUCUCGUAUCUCUGUGAGAAAUUCCUGGGCAAACCAUUGGAUAAGACUGAGCAAUGCUCGGUUUGGGAUAGGAGACCACUCAGAAAUCUUCAGCUUCGCUACGCGGCGAUGGACGCCUACUGUAUGCUGAUGUUGUACGAUAAGUGCUCGGAAGUGUUCUCGAAAAUGGGCUUUGAAGUGAAAGAAUUCCUCGACAAACAGUCACCGAUCAGAAUAUCUCUACCAUUGCUCAGCGAGGAAAAGCUCUGA